GACUCUGCGCGACAGACAGACAUGGCCGAAAAAGAAAAUGCAAAUGAGAAAGUGUUGCCACUAAUAUUAAAUGGCAAAUUUUUUAACCCGGAUGGCAAGUGCGUGUUGUGUGUUAAUAAAACAAUAAAAUUCGAUGAUAAAUCGACAGGAAAUCUGCACAAACACCUCAAGAGGGUUCAUCCAAGCUGUUACGAGGCCAUGAAAGCUAAGAAAGCCAAGACGAAUAUGGAAGUUUCUAAGGAUAAUUCAAAAUCGUUUUUUGGUUCCCUGAGUUCAGCCCAGAUCAAUCAGAAAGUGUGCGACUACAUCGUGGCGGAGAUGCUACCGAUAACUUACGUCGAGAAAAAAUCUUUCAAGGAGCCUCUAUCUGCAAUUGGUGGACGUCCUGUUAAUAUACCGUCCCGAAAAACUAUUAAGUCGAUGUUCGAUAAACGUAGAUAACUAGAUAUAUAUAAAGAUAUCCCUUUCGUUUGUACAAAAGCUGAUAUAUAUUUUUUGAAACAUUGGUUAUGUUAAAAAAAGAUAACAUUUAAAUUGAGAUUGAAAUGAAAUGAAAAGAUAAUGUUACAUAUUUUUAAGAUGACUAAAAACUGAAACCUAGUCUUAUUUUAAGUUGACUUGAUUCCCCAAUGUAGUAAAACAAAAAAAAAAACAAAUAAAUAAAACAACAAAAUUAUAAAAAUUGAGAAAACAAUAUUUUUACCGUUUACCUUUACCUAGGUACUGGGAAAUUGAAGUACCUUUACCUUACCUAGGU